UCCGGUUACUCCAAACCGUGUCCGGUUUGAUUUCGCUUAUUAAUGGCGCCAACACUCUCUUAAAGGCGGCGAAAAUCGCCGGCGACUGAAGAAAGCUUUCACUCGCGACGACGGUGAUGGAGACGUCGAGGCUACCGUUGUCGUCUUCGAUUAGAGGAAAGCUGAUAUCCGCCGGUUACACUUCUCUGUCGUCGAUUUCAUCCGUCUCCUCCACCGAUCUCGCUCGAGAUGUUAAAAUAACAGAGAGUGAAGCAUUUGAGAUUUUGAAGAUGGCAAAUCAAAUCAGCGGAUCAAGCUCUUGCAAUGGAAGAAGCUCUUCUCUCGUAAAUGGAGCAAGGAAUGCUUGGGAUAUGCUUAACGAGGAGGAAGCUUUGCCGCGGAUCACUACGUCUUGUUCUGAUCUUGAUAAGAUCUUGGGUGGUGGAAUCAGCUGCAGGGAUGUUACAGAGAUUGGUGGUGUACCUGGUAUUGGCAAGACUCAGAUUGGGAUACAGCUCUCUGUGAAUGUUCAGAUUCCUCGCGAGUUUGGUGGUCUUGGAGGAAAAGCGAUAUACAUCGAUACAGAAGGUAGCUUCAUGGUGGAGCGUGCUCUACAGAUAGCACAAGCUUGUGUGGAGGACAUGGAAGAAUACACUGGAUACAUGCACAAACAUUUUAAAGCGAGUCAAGUGCAGAUGAAACCUAGAGAUAUCUUGGAGAACAUAUUCUACUUCCGUGUCUGCAGUUACACCGAGCAGAUCGCAUUGGUCAAUCAUCUCGACAAGUUCAUCUCCGAAAAUAAAGAUGUAAAAGUGGUAAUCGUAGACAGUAUCACGUUUCAUUUCCGUCAGGACUUUGAUGACUUAGCCCAGAGGACACGAGUGCUUAGCGAAAUGGCUUUGAAGUUUAUGAAGCUUGCCAAAAAGUUCUCUCUUGCUGUUGUGUUAUUAAACCAGGUGACCACAAAGUACACCGAAGGCUCGUUUCAGUUAGCCCUUGCGUUAGGUGAUAGCUGGUCUCAUUCGUGUACCAACAGAGUGAUUCUGUAUUGGAACGGUGAUGAGCGUUAUGCGUAUAUCGACAAGUCCCCUUCGCUUCCUUCGGCUUCCGCUUCGUACACUGUAACUGGUAGAGGUCUAAGAAACUCCUCAUCAAGUAGCAAGCGUGUCAAGAUGAUGUAAAGACACAACACAACACAAGCACAUGGAGUACGCUUUCAACACAACACAACACAAGCACAUGGAGUACGCUUUCUACGGUCUAAUUUACUGCGUGUCACGAUGAUGUAAAGACACAACACAAGCACGUGAGUAAGCUUUCUACGGUUUAGUUUUGAUUUUGAUUGAAGAGAGUGGUUUGACCGGUCAAUAUCAAAACCGGGAUAAGAGUUGGUGGCUUAUUAGUGACUAAAUGAUGGAGUAAUAUAUUUCUUAAAUCUAAAGCAAUUAUGUUCUGUU